UCUUUUGCUAAAAAACCAACAUGGCGGAAAGUAGGCGCGCCGGAACAAGCCCUCCUUUAUUUCAUUCUUUGGAGAAGGUAUAUUUAGGAUCAACUGAAAAAGUGGCCCCCAGGUGAGAUUUAUGAGCUUACUUUUUCUCUGUUCAAUGGUCAUGCGUUGACUUUCCUCAGUAUAAUUAUUUUAAAUAAUUAUUACAUAGAGAUGUGCACUCUUCCGUGUUUCCGGCCCGUAUAGGAGCUGAGCUCAUACUCUUUUUUGUCAACCGCGAAGUGAGGCGAUCUGCAAAAGCAAGAUAUUUAUUAGCUACAUGUAAUCUAAAUUGUUUGAUAUAUACCUUUUGAUAUUGCAUGGUGAUUCAAAAUUUUUUAUAAAGUCGCAUACAUUACAAGGUUUGUUUCUCUAUCGCCAGGAUCAGAACGUCCCUGAGAUCUGAAAUCCCCGGGAGCGCUAGCGUUAUAAUUGAAUUAAUUUGGUUGCAACGUAGUUGUAAAUUGUUUGCCAUAGAAUCUUUAUUACUCCGGAUAAGCUCCUCUCCAACACUUAAUUAAAUCACUGAAUUAAAGAAUGUACAUCGGCAAUAGCCAAAACCUGGAGGCGUGAAUGUCUUAGGAGAUUUGCACUUGAGUUUGCAAGACUAUUCUAUUGUCUAAUGCUGACCAUCGCCAUUCUGGGAAGUAUCAGGGGUAACCAGCUGAGAUGAAAAAAAUCUUUUGAAAAAUCUUAUGCAUCAUUCAGUUCCAGCAUGCCUUGUUCCUUAUUCCCGAUCGAGUUCAACUGCAUGAAACUGUGUAAAACAAUAAUCAUUGACUAUUUUACACCUGCACUACUGCAAACUUUAGUAAGACUAUGAAAGAUUUGUUGCCACAGAGUAAAUUCCUAGACUUUUGACAUAUCUUCCAGUAAAAUACAGAAUUCUGUUGUUCCACUAUUGUUUUCAAUGAAUUGUUAAUUUAUUUGCCUUGACGGUUUGAACAAAGGUACCACAUGGCAACGAUAAGGCAAGAUUCGCAAUAACAGCAGUGUUAAAUUGUUCUUUAAUAUCUGUCUUGAGAUGUUUUUAAUGACUACUAUAUCAACUUAGCACCCACUGCUUGCCUGAAAAGUAGGUAAAUACAUUUCGAUUAACCGCCUUCAUCGCAAACCACUAGGUCUGACACAGAAACACAAUGUUCACAGAUGCCUUAAUAAGGGGGCAGCAGACCAAUCGUGGAGGAAAUGUAUUAGGCAUUCCUUUUUUUCCCCUCCCCCCCUCAAAAAAAACCGCCUGAUUACAGCCUAGUUUAUGUGUCACCAUUACAUUUUUAAUUUGUGUUUUUCUCUUGAAUAGGGUGUCAUCUUUUGCACUAGGGCCUUAAAUUGGGUUAAAAUUUUUGUUUGUCUCAUCCUUAAAUAGGGUACAGGUUUAAGACGGUAGGACCUAUCAGUUAGUUAUAAGUCCCCCGGUUUUAUAAUUUAGAAAGGUCACCCUUCUGGUUUCUUGAUCCAUUAGAUAUCAGAAGAUGAAAGAAACAUUUCAGCAAAAGUAUAGUUGUGACCCAGAAUUCUAUGCGCGGGCACCUGGGAGAGUCAAUAUUAUUGGUAAGCAGAAAUAGGUGGUUUAUUAUGAGUUGUGGUCAACUCGCAAAUUUAUUGAAUUCAAAGAAAUUAUUUGUUAAAUUAACUGUUUACAAAAAAGUAAAAGGAAUUAAUGUUUAAAUUGUGGCAAGGCUUGAAAAAAAAAUUGAAUUCCAACUUGUCCUUUGGACAAGCAGCUCUCACAUUUUUUUUUUUCUUUAGGCCACUUCUUGCUCAUCUUAGUUAACGAUUUUGUUAGAGGAUGACUUGCUUGAAGCCUUGCCUAUUGGGCAAGUAAGAUUUAAAGUUACUGGACAGCAAGAAAAUGACCUUUUCCCGGACUACCGGGUGGGACUGUUUUUGAGCCCCGUAUGGGCUUUGUAAAUCUUCACUAAUCUUGUAUUCUUAUAUUAAUUUUAUUUAUCAUUGACGGCACAGCAACCCAUUGUGAAUUAUUAUUGUUUUGUUAAUUAGGAGAACAUAUUGACUAUUGUGGCUAUGGUGUUCUACCGAUGGCCGUGGAGCAGGAUAUUGUUAUAGCAGUGGGACAGAAUGAUAAGAAGACGCUCAACUUGUCUAAUACUUUUAGCAGCUUUCAGUAAGUUAACAUAAGAAACUUACUGUAAACCCUUGAGUAGUAAAAAUCCUCUCUUAAAAGGGCCAUGUCAUCAGGUUAUUGCUGUUUUGGGUCAUUUCUCUGCAAAAGUCAUUACUUACAGCCUUAACCCAAUUAUACAAAAAAUGUCCCUCUAGAGUUAUAAAGAAGAUAAGUUAUCAAAAAUAUUUCAUCAGGGAGCACUAACAAUAACAAAGUUUUCCUUGCCAUCCAUAGCAACAGAUGGCAGAUGAUGAUGAUUAGAUAAUACAGUGGACCAUUGUUUUUGGAACUCUAUUAAUGCAAAGACAGGUUUUAGUUUUUCCAAAAGAUAACAAAUUAAUUAAUAGUGUGACAUGACUCAUUUAUAAAGGUACUGGGUACCAUGUUGAAUUUCAAUAAUCUUAGGCAGGUGUCGAUCUUGUGAUCAUUAUCUUUCAUCAUCAUCAUCAUUGACUCAAACACAAUAUCUGAGACAGACUGGCCUCGCGUCUGAGUCUGACCCACCACACUUACAGAUUAGCCAACAGGCCUCAGGAUAUUUUUCCUGCUACUUAUUCGCUGGAUAGUGAUUAAUCCAGGGGAUAGUGUUAUCCAAUGUUUGAACAAUCAGGACCAGGCUGCCAAGGUCUUCCCCAGACUCUACCUCAUCAUUUUAUAUAAGUGUCCAUGAAGAGAGAGUGAGAGAGAGAGACAACUGUCAAUGAAAUGAGGUCUCCAACCCUUCGCGGUAUUUCUUUUAAUUUUUUUCUUUAAUUUCUAGGCUUUGAGUCAAGAAUAAAAUUUACAUGUAUUGUACUCUUUUAGGGCUCUCUCAUGUACAUGGAAAUAUUUAUCCUAUAAUGUUUUAUUGUUUUACAGUGAUUUUAGUGUAAGCUGUGAAGAGUACAAGAUUAAUGGAAAAGAGUGGUACCAUUAUUUUCUCUGUGGUUACAAGGUAUACAUGUAAAAUCUUGGCUCAUUCCUCAGGAAAUGUUUCCUUAAGAUAAAAAAUGAUCAUUGUUACUAGUGACUGGUUGAUUAAACAAAUUAGUGAUAUCACUGGCAAAGUUUCUUAAUUUAUUCAAGAAUUCUAAGAGGAAAAUGUGGACAGUUUUGUUCUAUAAAAUAUGAGUUAUAGUUAGGAUUAAUUUAAACUAGGUUUAACCUAAGGAUUGAAGAGAUCAUGAAAUGUUUAUGCCAUUUCAACAUGUUAAAUUUAAACUAGGUUUAAUGAUUUGUAGAUUUUGGCGAUCUUUUGAGAUGUUUAAAAUUUCACGCCAUUUCAAAAUAUCACAAAUGGUAAUGUCAAUCAUGCUGUUAUUUGUUUAUUUUGUAAUUUUCACAUGUAGGUAUUUCAAAUUAAGCUGAAAUACCACUGCUCUAAGCCAAUCAAAUUGCAGAAAUUUCUCAUGUAGUAGUAUAAAAGGAUGAGUCCAUCAUUUUUAUCUUAGGGUUUAGUGGAUUACAUGAAGAUUACAUCUCCCAUAGGCUUAAAUCUUUUAGUGGAUGGAAAUGUACCAAAGGUAUGGAAUCUGUUUUGUUUUCCAUUUAACCUUUUAGCCCUAUAUCUGCACGGCCAAAUGUGUUCUCCCUAUAUCUCCUUCACUGGUACUGAUAACACAUUAUUAUUAUUAUUAUUUUUAUUUUAAUUCACCCAUUCUCCCCUGGAAGUUUUGCUGAAAAACCUAUUUUGAAGCUAGCUGAGUGAUUUCUGGUCAUAACCUUCUGUAAAAAAGCAAGAACACCCAAAAAGUUGUUUAAAAGUCAAGUGUUAUGAGCAGCUUUUUUUCUGAAAGCUGAACAACAGCUUUCAAAGCUUAGGCCGGUGUGCAGAAUUUCAGAAUUUUAACACAGUUUUGAACCCUUAACUUUUUCAUUGCUUUCUCUCCAGUCCCUGAUCUCUUGUCUUCCCCCAUUUCUUUUUUUUGCUGAUGGUUUUCUAGGCUUUAUUUUGUUGAGAAAAGCUUUUGCCAAGACCUACCCUGCUAGCCGAGUCGUUUCGAUCUUUCCUAGAUAAGUCGGGAAAGAGGAAGCGACUCAGGUUCCUUCCUCUUCCCGACUUAUCUAGGAAGAUCGAAGGAGACUCUGUUUGCAGGGUAGCCAAGACCCUGAGGAUUGUGAAAAUAUUUUGAAGAAAGUUCAAGUGGGUAGUGGAACAAGAUUUUCCCUGGAAUUUUCUGUCUGACUGGAUUGUGCUUGCUUGGGAUCUGGUGUGAAAGAUUUCCUCCCCCUUCCCAAGUUAGGUGUCAUAGCCAUCCAUAUAGAUGUUACAGGCCAAAUUUAUUUUGGGGUUAUUUUUUUUAAAAGAAUCCAGGUUGAGAAACAUAAACAGGACUGUCAUUAAGAAUCAGGGGCCGGAAUUAAAUCAAAAUUAACCUGAAAUUAGAAGCAAAAGAAAUAUUUUGAUUUGUCCUACUUGUUGUAUUUACAGCAACUAUAUUCUUAUGAAUAGUAUUUACAGCCAUAGAUACCUAUUUACAGUUAAAAUUCAUAAUGAGAGGAAAGGGCACUAUGAAGUUAUCAAGGAUAAAUUGGAUCCUUUUAAAUGGUCUUUAUUAUUUAUUGUCUUAGUAUUGUCUUUGGUUAUUGUUUUCUUUAUUCUCUAGCCCUCUUUGUUCAAACUUUAACUACAUAUUAUGUAUCUAUCAAUGAACCAAGAUGCUUUCAUUGAAAUUGAUUAUUCUGUUCUCUUUCCUAAAGAGUGCAGGUUUGUCCAGCUCAUCAGCACUUGUUUGCUGUUCAGGACUGGCAACGGUGCAUGGUAAUGGACUGGAAUUGAGUAAGGUGGGAUAUUUUGACACUUUUUUCAUAAAGUGAUUCCAGUGUCUUGCCCACAAAUUCAUUAGACAUGUUAAAAUGUUUUUAAAACGCCUUUUAGAAAAGAAAAAAGUGAAAAAUACCCCUUUUGUCUUCUAGCAAAGUGGAAAUAGGCCAUUUGCAUGAUACUACAACCAGAAUCCUUCAGGGUUUUGCUUUCUUGUGCAAAUUGAGGCUUUUGUUAUUCAAACCUCGCUUUGAAUAUGAAAGGAAAGACGAAAAGGAUUCUGUUCUGUAAAAUGACGCCAUCGUGCAAAUGGCCUAUUAUAGGAAAAUUGCACCAACUGUUGCAUUGGAACUGACUAUAGGAAUAAUUAAUUACACUGAAGUUGCUGUUAAUGUUAUUGCAACCAAAGUGUCAGUCACUUUCAAAAUGAAAAUCACAUACCAGUCAAUAACAGUGUCUAGCUAUUGUAAUUUUCUAUUACAUUAUACUUCAGCGAUACAGCUACAGAAUGUACACUGUAGGUGACUUCUGAUUGGUGUUGUUGUUGUUGUAAUUAGCAUGAACUUGCAGAGGUGUGUACAAAAUGUGAGCAGUACAUUGGAACUGAAGGAGGAGGGUAGGUCAAUGCCUGUGCCAGGCUCUUAGAUAGUAGGAACAUCACGAAAACUAAGGGCGCUUUCCAUUUACCAAGAAAUUUCGGAAAUUCCGGUUGGGAUGUUAAUGGGACACACGUUUUCCGUGCGUUCCACUGAAAAAUUUCCGGGAUUAAGUGGAAUUUUGAAAAGGUAGUCCUGUUUUCCCGUUGGAAACUUUCCUGUGGAAAUGCAUGUUCCGUUUACGAGUUUUCACAAGGAAUCAUCAGUUCCAGGCUAUUCACGGCGAUCUCUGUGUCGCUAUCUUAAAUUUUGGUGACGAGAGCUUGAAAAAAUGGAACUUGUGUCAAAUGGAACACGUUCUUCACUCGAUAGACCUCUCCAUGGAAGUUUCUCAAAGUUUUUGGUAAAUGGAAAGCGACCAAGGUCAAGGAAAAAAUAGGAUGAGCAUGAUAUAGGAAAAUGUGCGGCGUUGGAAAGAGGUCCAUCAACCUCUCUCUCCCCAGCCCACGUGUGUUUUUUGCAAUAGUUUUCAUGAUCUCUCCACAUUACUUUCUUGAAGCCUGGAACAGGCUAGUUGGGUCAUUACCGGUUCCAGGCAGAUUUUGAAAUUCAAUAAUUUGUAAUCAUUUCUUUAGAACCCUAAGUGUGAAAGUGAAAGGGCUGUGCUAUUGCGUUUUUAAAUGGUUGAAUUUUCGAAAUUUGAGCUGAUAGUUUGAAUAAAAACCAUUUUUCUUCUCCAUACCAGCCACACCUAACACUGUAAUUUUUACGCACGAUUUUAACCAAAAUACAUUUCUCCAGGAGGGAUGAAAUAAUAUUGGGAUUCUAAAGGGAAAAAAAAAAAAAAUUAACAUUUUGACACUCUUCUAAGAACUGCAAAAGUGGAAAUCUGACCAUGAAACAAAGUUUUUGUUCAGUUUUCCUUCAUUACUUAAGUUACAGUUUUUGUUUUCAGUCGGGAGCUUAAGCAACAACGAUCGACGGCAACGAAAACGUCACUUAAAAAGUAGGCUCGAUUUCCGCCCCUCUUUUAGUGAAUUCGCGCUACUUCAAACUUUGUCGCGCUUAUUCCAAGUCGUUCAAUUCGUCAAAUGAUGGUAGAUUUUUCUUGAGGUGAAUUCUAAAGACUGUAUCAAAGUUCAGGAAAAGAAAAAGAAGGUCGUUGUCUUGUGUUCACGUCCUCCACAAAACGUGAAAUUAGGCAGUUUCACGUCGUAAUCGUGCAGUGACGGGAAAGCGUGAUGCACGUGCAAAGUUGCUGUUUUGCUAAUAUAAACCUAUUGCUUUUUUGCUGUUCUCGUUGACGUCGCUGUCGCUGUCGCCGUCGCCGUAUGCUGCAAAAAAACAUUUGCUGCCUUAGGCAAUUGAAAGUUCGUAUGUUCUUGUAUUUCACAGAAUGGACCAGUCUAUUUCCUUUUUGGCCGAGCCAGGAACUGUAAGUAUUCAUUUGGAGGAGGUUACAGUCAGCACUAAGCCACUGCUCCAUAUGUCUUUGCAAAUGUACUUUAGUUUACAAGUCUCUUUGUCAUAUUUUUUGUGUGUUCCACCCGCAUAUCACUCAGUGGAUAGUGUGUGGAUACUAAGAGACAAAAAGUAUAGCAAGUAGUUUACCACAAACAGACAUUGUUUGCACAUCGUUAACUCUAAAGUUCGCUUUCUUGCUUCUGAUACACUGAUUUUCUUUGAUUUGUUCUUUGUUAGGCAAAACACAUUGAGUUUGAUCCUAUAAGAGCAUAUGAUGUAACUCUUCCAGAUGGAAUAGUGUUUGUGAUUGCCAAUAGUUUGGUAUGAAUCUGUAGUUAGUUUUUAUAUUACUUGCUAGGGGUUACCGGCCUUUUUCCUGGGGAUAAAUGGAAGUGCGUGUGUGACCGCCUCCUUCCGAGAUAAAUUUACAUGGGAUAUAACCAUGGAAACGUCAACAGUUUAAAGAAAGCGACAUGUAUUAUAUCAACGUAGUUUCUGAGUUCCAAGAUAAAACAACCAAUUCGUAUAUAGUAUACCGUAUUUAUUUGAUUAAACGCUGCGUUAUCAAAUUCUUAGUGUUCCCGAUGCUGCCUUUAUUUCAACAACAAUUAUGAUAAAUCAUCUGUAAAUAGUAUGUAAAACAGAAAGAUGUUUCAAGUUCCAAUCUCUCGCUUUUUUGCUGAGAGAGAGUCGUUAUUGUCUGGAUAGUGUAGAUACCCAGUUGUACCGAGUUUCGAAUAAACGCCGCAUUCAUCUGAUUGGGUGCGGCGUUUAUUCGAGGGCGUCAUUUAAUCAAGUAAAUACGGUAUAUGGUGGUUUUUACAAGUGCAAAGACGUACCGCAGCCGGUUGAUACCGUUGAAAAUAAAAGGUAAGUGUGACCGCUUUGUCCUCGUUAUGUAAAACAACGUGAUGAAUACCCUGGAAGCAACGGUGUUUGCAACCACGACUCGACUGAAAAAAUGUCCAGUAGUAGUUAUGCUACUAAUAACAAAAUGCACUCGAUUUUGUGCAAUUCUUUUCCUGUCUUUGCAACAUUAGAAACCAGUUGUCCUUAUUUGUAACAGAGUAUAAAAUGCGGAAUGAUGUUUUUGUUUAAUCCAUGUCAGGUGGAGAUGAAGAAAUCCGCUACUGCUGGUACACAUUUUAACGCUAGAGUGGUGGAGUGUCGUCUAGCAGCCAAGGUAUCAUACAACAAACAGAACGUCCUUAACCCAUUAAGCCAAAAUAUCCACACACAAAUUCUCCAAACUGAUCUCCAUAAAUUUCCUUAAAACAUUAGUUGAGAGAAUUUGAUGAAAGAUGAAAGCAUUUUCCCCAAGGCGAUCAUUUCAUUAAUUCUCAUAACCUUUUAUCAUGCCUAUGUAUUAAUAUUGUUUGGAGAAAAUUGAUGUUUGUCACUUAUUAGGACUUAAAGUGGUCCCAGGCUGCUUAGUGGGGAAAAGAGCGAAUAACAGGGUGAGCUCGUAGAGAGUAGAACCCAUUACUCGGCUCGCUUCGCCUGCUAAUUUUUCAAGUUUGUGCUCCGUUAUUUGCAUUUUUCCUCACCAAGGAGCUGGGCUCAGGGUACAUUUGUUUUCUGCUUUUUGUUGAACAGGUACUGGCCAAAGUCAGCGGACUUGACUGGAAGAAUGUGCGCCGUUUGAGUGAGGUGCAACAAGGCAAGAAGAAAACCUUGGAUGAAAUGUAAGCCGCUACCAUUCUCUGGCAAACUUGAACUACAGAUGUAGUUACGUUGACGCCAUAUAAAAAUACGUACUUAACCAGCUUCAACGAUGUUGAUCUUUCGUUUUACUUUCUCCCCAGUGAGAGAAAAAUUGACUUUAAGUUACUAGAAAGAAAAUGCUUUUACCUUGUCAUAAACGUUACGGGUGACCAUAUGAAAGCAGCAAGCUAGAAUACACCUUAUGAAGUACCAUACGGUGAAACGGGCACCAAAAAUGUGCAACUUGUUUUGCAGCAUUGCUGCCAAGUGAGUUGAAAAGUGAUGUUGCAUUUUACCGCCCACAUUCAAAACUAUUUUGCAACAAAUUUGUUGCAGAAAGUAGAAAUUAGUUCUAAUUUUUGCAACAAAAUCUGUAUAUGUUGAGCGUUUUACCGGCCCAAGGCAAACUUGUUUUGCAACAAGUGGUGUAACUCCCGUAUAUGGCAUGACUCCCGCGUAAUUUUAUCCAAUCGAAGACAGUAUUCGCGCAACUUUAUUUGUCGCAAGACAGGUUUGAACGUGGGUGAUAAAACGCGUAACAUCGCUUUUCAGCACGUUCUGCAGCAAUGUUGCAAAACAAGUUGUACUUUUUUGUUGCCCGUUUUACGGUAGCUUUAUGUAGCUAACGUUAUUUUUGUUUAUCUCCGAGGCAGGGUAGAAAUGGUAGACUCAGUUCUUCAUGCUGAACCGUACACAAAAGAAGAACUUUGCCAAUUUUUUGGCUUGACGGUAUGUUGAAAGGAUUUAAGUCGUCGUUUCCUGAUACUUCGUUGUACAUACGUACUCCAUUCAAACUGAGUUUUUGUUUGGCUAGGGCUUUUAUCUAACCAAAAUUCUUAGGCCCAAAAGGCACACCACGGAAAUCCUUGACAUAUUGUUGGAGUAUUUUUCUAACAAAAAGGCGCUCAUUCUUUAGCUAACACUGAAAAGCUAUGAUAGUAGAAGCAGUGAUCGUUGUCCGCUGUUUCACACCACAGGGCGCUUUAAAAACUUACCGGUAAGACAACCGUCAAUUUACCAGUUAGACAGUGGGGAGACAUAACAUGAUGUCUCGCCUACUGGAGGGCAAAAAGUACCUGCCUGUGUCCUGGCCAUGUGUGAAAAGAGUAUAAAAGUUUUCAAAUGACGGAUACAUUAACAAACCCGGUGAUCAUUCAUGUUGAUUUUGAAUUUUAUUCGUGGUCUAAGUAUACUCAUUCACCUUCAUGAUGUUGUUCCCAACCAAACUUUAAAUGCAGAGAAGAUCAUCAAAGUUUAGCAACUUAUACAGUUGCGAGAAGAAAGCCAAAAAAACUUCAGGCUUGCCGGGAUUGGAACCCUUACCUCUGCGAUCCUAGCAAGCCAACUGGGGCGUGGUCAUUUAAUUGAUUCGUAAUAUACCGGUAUCUCAGAGGUUUGGGUUCGAAUCUCGGCAAGCCUGAAUUUUUUUAGGCUUUCUUUUCACAACUGCAUAAGUUGCGUCUUAAACUGUGAUGAUCUCUUCUGCAGUUAUUUCUUCUUACCGCAGUUCAAACAUAUGAAAUUCAUAUAUUCAUCAUUUCAUCGAACUGAACUUUCUUACGCACUUGCAACGGUUUUUUUGCCACAGUAAAAAUGAACUCAGUUUUUUUUUCGUAAUCUACAAGCAAACAGUCGUUAGUCUUUGAUCUAGCAAAUUCCUUUCUUUUUUACGACACCUCAAAUUCUAAUUCUAAUUGUGUAAUCUGGAAAAUGCAUAGUCCAUCACAGCAGAAGCAAAUGUGUAUGUGCUAGUGUUAAAAAAAUGAGACAAGGUGCUCGUGUUGAAUAAAGAUUAAUAAUGGGGUCAGCGCUUUUUAAACAUGGCACCUGGCGGCUUUUUUUAAAGCUUCCACUGACUGCUCUUCAAUAACUCUGUUUGGUAAAGAGUUCCAGUCUCUGAUAGUACUUGCAAUAAAAGUGUGUUGGUAUUUGUUUGUUUUGGCACUAACUUGUCUAGUGACCUGUCGCUUUUUAAGUCAUAAUUUAUAUAGGGUGGACAUUGUAUGGUUGAUAGACCAGGAACCACUUUAAAUAUCAUUGUAUCUCAAUGAUAUACAUGGCUUUUUUAAGGAAGAUGAGCUGAUCAGUGGCUGCAUGAGUCCUUCAACAGCCGGCGUCAACAGCUUCAAGCUCCAUGAUCGUGCCAUGCAUGUGUACUCUGAAGCUUCUAGGGUGUUUAAGUUUAAAAGCGUGUGUGAAGAAAAACCUGCUAACGCUAUUCAGGUGAGAACAUUUGUGGAUGUUAGUCAAAGCUUUAUCUUCUUCUAUAUUCCAAUGACUAUUCAGUUGAGUCAUUUGCAUCGGAAUAAUUAUUUCAUGUUAUUUAUUUAUUUCAUUUUAUUAAUUUAUUCUGCUCAGGUUUUGGGCGGACUUAUGAAUGAAAGUCAUGAAAGCUGUAGUAAAAUGUACGAGUGCAGCUGUGAAGAACUGGAUCAGUUGGUGUCCCUGUGCAGGUAUUAUACACUUAAAAUCUCCGAUCGGUAGUUAUUUUGGCCUCUCUGCUUUCUACAAAGCGCACUUCAGAAUAAUUGGGUAUCGUAAUCCUAUUUUGAUCGAUUUUCCUGCCGGACAUACUGUCUUUGGCCAUCUUAUUCGGACCGGCACUUGUUAAGUCUUACAUUGUUGGAAUUUCGUCUGCUAGACACAACACUUGCUUGAACUCCGUCCCGUUUACAAGACAAAGAACAACAAAACCGGAGAUUUUCAAUCAAAUCUUAGUCGAAUCUUUUCCAGCCUUAGCGGGACUUGAAAGAGGGAGCUUUUCCCAGAUGUCUCGACAUGUCCCAACAACUUUGUCUGAGUUUGUAGAUCGGUUCGACACGCAACGCAAUUUUGCAAAUUCUGCGCCUGUCUGACUGGUAAGAACUCAGAUUAGGCUUAAGCAGACUGUUCGCGUGUAAACCGAUCCAUUUACACUAAGAGGCCGGCAUGGUCCGGUGUGAACACACCUGACACGAUCCCGUACCAAUAGCUUUUUCAGUUUCUUCUUACCCUUUUCCUUUUAGGAAAUCUGGAGCAGUUGGCUCCAGGCUCACAGGUGCUGGCUGGGGCGGUUGCACAGUCUCACUGGUACCCAUUGCUUCUCUCAACGAUUUUAUGAAAGCAGUGCGUGAUGGGUAUUAUGCCGCUGAUCCAGACAGGCUCAGCCGAGUGUCUGAGAGUUUGUUUGCUACUCAGCCGGGGAGUGGUGCUGCCAUAUUAAAACUUGAUUAACAGACAUUUAAAUGGCUUGGAUCACUUUAUUUUCAUGAUCAAAGUAAAGAGUUUACCAAAAUAAAAAGAUUUAUGCCCUUGAGAACGUAUAGAAUGAUCAGAAGCCAUAGUCAUACCGCGAUUAUGGCUCCUGUAUCGAACGAUAAAAGCAUCUACCACACAACACAUGUUAAAAUAGGCAUGGUAAAUUAUUUUUCACAAUUUCGUUCCCCGGGUUAUUGUUUAUGGGGUUUUUCAGUGAAAACCUUAAGAAAAAA